CCAAAGCUUUAUCGAAGAAGAAGAAACAGCCGCGGCUAGUGAGCUAGCUUAGCUACUUUCAUUAUUUUACUGAAAUAUGGCAGCUGUACUACCCAUCAGACCGCCAUGCGACAGCAAUCCCGCCACUCCAGGAGCACAAUCACUAAAGGAAGAUGUAAUAGAUGAGGUUUCCAACGACGGCAGUCAGCCUCCCAAAAGAAGGAGAAUGGGUUCAGGAGACAGCUCCCGAAGCUGUGACACCUUCAGCCAAGAGCUCGGAGCGACAUAUUUUCCAGCAGAGAACCUGACAGAGUAUAAGUGGCCACCUGAUGACACAGGAGAGUAUUACAUGCUGCAGGAGCAGGUCAGCGAGUAUCUGGGAGUGACGUCAUUCAAGAGGAAGUAUCCUGAUAUGGAGAGGCGAGAUUUGUCCCACAAGGAGAAGCUCUAUCUUCGAGAACAAAAUGUCAUUACGGAGACACAGUGCACUCUGGGUCUCACAGCUCUGCGAAGCGACGAAGUGAUAGAUCUGAUGAUCAAGGAGUAUCCUUCCAAACAUGCUGAGUAUUCUGUCAUACUGCAAGAAAGGGAGCGGCAGAGAAUAGCAAAAGAGUACUCUCAAAUGCAGCAGCAGAACCCUCAGAAGGUCGAGGCCAGCAAGGUUCCUGAGUACAUAAAGGAGGCUGCGAAAAAAGCCGCAGAGUUUAACAGCAACUUCAACAGGGAGCGGAUGGAAGAGAGGAGAGCUUAUUUUGACCUCCAGACCCACGUUAUCCAGGUACCACAGGGCAGAUUCAAGGUGCUUGCUCCAGAAUUAACCAAAACCGGGCCUUACCCUGUGGCUCUCAUACCAGGACAGUUCCAAGAUUACUACAAAAGGUACUCGCCCAACGAGUUGCGCUAUUUGCCGUUGAACACCGCUCUGUAUGAGCCUCCACUGGAUCCAGAGCUUCCUGCUCCAGACUCGGAGCCCGACUCGGACGAUGCAGACGAGGCCAAGGACGACAAGAACAACAAGAACUCAUCAGACAGCUCUUCAGGAAACGCCUCGGACGUGGAGAGCCAGGAGGGCGGAGGAGGACAUCGUCAUAAGUCCAAAGCCAAAGACAGGACGUCAACGCCGGGAAAAGACCAGCGCCACUCCCACAAAGCCACUCCAGGGUACAAGCCUAAGGUCAUUCCAAAUGCUAUUUGUGGCAUUUGCCAGAAGGGUAAAGAGGCCAACAGGAGAGGCAGGCCGGAGGCUCUCAUUCACUGCUCCCAGUGUGACAACAGCGGCCAUCCGUCCUGCCUCGACAUGAGCGAGGAGCUGGUGAGCGUGAUCCAGACGUACCGCUGGCAGUGCAUGGAGUGUAAGACGUGCACCGUGUGCCGCCAGCCGCACCAUGAGGACGAGAUGAUGUUCUGUGACAAGUGUGACCGCGGCUACCACACCUUCUGCGUGGGCAUGGAUGAAAUACCUACAGGUCUUUGGGUGUGCGAGGUUUGUGACAAAGACUUCACAACACCCAAAAAGAAAGGAGUAAAAACACAGAAGAAGUCUAAAUCGGCUCAGAAAUGACCAACGUAAAAAUUAAGUUAAUUUGUUCACAAAUUCUUUGUCAACAUUUCUGGAAAAUGUAAAUUGUUUUUUCUUUUUCUUAAAUAAAGCUUUGCUUGGACAUUG